AUGGCCGCGGACACCACCACCCCGAACAAGGCAACCAACACCAACACGCCCGCAACCCAGAAGACACCGACGACAAACCCCAAGGGUGCUCCUACUACCCCGGCAGAAAAGUCCACACCCGCACCAGAGUCUUCGAAUCCGCCUCCGCCUGCCUCGACGCCGGCCAAGUCGACCCCCAAGAACACGCCCAAGCAGCAGUCGUCACCCGAUCCAGCCUCCAGCUCCCCCGCACCCGAGAGCUCGAGCGCCGCGGGGACUGUCGUCAUCACGCCGACCGGCGGUCAGAGUCCGACCGAGACGGCCUCGGUGCCUACCCUGACGACUCCGGGUACCACCACCUUGCUGAACCUGCCGACGCUCAAGACGACCGACACCGCUAUACCCGCGUACCCGGCGCCGACCGUUCCCCCGACUGAGAACGCGCCCUUCAUGCAGCACUCCAACCUGCCGGAUGGCACGGUCUUCAUUGCCGUCGGUGCCAUUCUCGGUGGCUUUGCCGCCGCGCUGCUUGUCUGGCGAGCCGUCGUGGCCUACCUGCUGCACCGCUCCAUCGCCCGUGCUGCCCUGGCCCAGCACGCUGCAAAUGACAAGGCUCCCUUUGCUCCCGCCGCCGCGCCCUUUUACAAGUACUCGGAUCGCGAAUCGUCGCUCAAUGUUGGCGCCGCCGGUGCUGGCAGCGUGGCUGGCUCCGGACGCGGCGUCCGCCGUACCAACCGCGGUCCUACGCCCUCGGCCACGCCUUCGCAGACGAACCUGUUCUUCUCGCCCACGGCUCCCGGUGCGAGCGGCAUGGGUGCCGGCGGCAACCGCGACUCCCGACUGCUGCCGUCGGGCUUCUACGCUGCCGGGACUGCUUCGCCUGCAGGUGCAGCACAGGGACAAGCUAUCAACAUGUCCAACCUGCGUCCCGACUCGCGCCACGGCCGGAACAUUGGGCCCAGCCCGCCCGACUCGCCCAACUUUGGCCCCAUGCGCACGAACCUCGCUGGUCGCAACAUGAGCGGCAGCUCCGUCAGCCUCAACCGCCCCGCGAGCGGCCGCGCCCCGAGUGCGUUUCUCGAUGACCUGCUGGACGACCAACCGCAUCUGUUCCCUCCCGGCACGGGCCCAUCACACAAUCACUCGUACAGCCAGUCCAGCCACGGUGGCAGCCGGUUCUAG